UUUCUCGCCCAGGGAAGAAGCCUCUCUCUCUCUCUCUCCUUUGGUGUCUCUCCGGAGAAGAUUCCAAGGAAGCCCCGAGGAUAUUGGACCCGUGCCUGGCUGCUGUGACGAUCUGGAUGAGGACGAACAAGGGAAACGAGGAUUCUGUGGAGCCACCCCUUGGAUGCAGCAAUGAAAUCAAUAAUAUAGGAAGAAUUUCUCUCUAGUUGAUGGACUUGCUGAAAUCUUGGUCUCACAUACAGAUAAGGAAGGAAAAAAGAAGACUGAAGUAUCUGUAUUGCAAUCAAACACCCAUAUCAUGGCUGACAUGGAGGAGAAAGCAUUUAAAGCAUUUAUAUGCCUGGAAUGUGGGAAAAGUUUCUCUCGGAGCGGUGAUCUGAAGCGACAUCAAAGAACUCACACGGGGGAGAAAUCCUAUGCAUGCCUGGAGUGUGGAAAGAGCUUCACUCACAGUGGUAGUCUACGUUUACAUGAAAGGAUUCACACUGGGGAGAAACCCUAUACAUGCCCGGAGUGUGGGAAGAGCUUCACUCAUAGUUCAGGUCUACGUUCACAUCAACGGACUCAUACUGGGGAGAAACCCUAUACAUGCCUGGAGUGUGGAAAGAGGUUCACUCAUACUACAGGUCUACGUUUGCAUCUAAGGAUUCACACUGGGGAGAAACCUUAUACAUGCCCAGAGUGUGGAAAGAGCUUCGCUCAUAGUUCACAUCUAUAUAAACAUCAAAGGACUCACACUGGAGAGAAACCCUAUAACUGCCUGGAGUGUGGGCAGAGCUUCACUGAGAGUGGAAAUCUACGUUCACACCAAAGGAUUCACACUGGUGAGAAGCCCUAUACAUGCCUGGAGUGUGGGCAGAGCUUCACUCAGAGUUCAUAUCUACGUUCACAUCAAAGGAUUCACAUGGGGGAGAAACCCUAUACAUGCCUGGAGUGUGGAAAGAGCUUUGCUCAGAGUGAACAUCUACGUUCACAUCAAAGGAUUCACACAGGGGAGAAACCCUAUAAAUGCCUGGAGUGUGGGCAGACCUUCACUCGGAGUUCAAAUCUACGUUCACAUCAAAGUAUUCACAUGGGGGAGAAAUGCUAUAACUGCCUGGAGUGUGGGCAGAGCUUCACUCAGAGUGGAAAUCUACGUUCACAUCAAAGGAGUCACACGGGGGAGAAACUCUAUACAUGCCUGGAGUGCGGGCAGAGCUUCUCCGAGAGUGGAAAUCUACGUUCACAUCUAAGAACUCAUACUGGGGAGAAACCCUAUACAUGCCUGGAGUGUGGAAAGAGCUUCACUCUGAGUUCAAUCCUACAUAAACACCAAAGGGUUCACAUGGAAGAGAAACCGCAUAGAUGCCUGUAGUGUGGACAGAGCUUCUCUCAGAGUGGAAGUCUAUGUUCACAUCAAAGGAUUCACACUGGGGAGAAACCCUAUCAAUGCCAUGAGUGAUGACAGAGCUACACUGAGAGUUCAGGUCUACUUUCACACCAAAGGGCUCACACUGGGGAACAAUCCUAUAAAUCCCAUGAGUGAUGACAGAGCUUCACCCAUUGUUCAAGUUUACGUUCUCAUCAAAGAACUUAUACUGGGAGAAACUCUAUAAAUGCAUAGUGUGUGGAAAAAACUUCUCUGAGAAUGGAAAGACAUCAAAGGACUCACACUUGGGAGCAACAUCCAUGCCUGGAGUGUGGAAAGAGCUUCAUUCAUAGUUCAGGUCUACGUUCACAUCAAAGGACUCACACUGAAGAGAAACCUUAUACAUGCCUGGAGUGUGGAAAGAGCUUCACUCAGAGUUCAAAGGAUUCACACUGCGGAAAAACCCUAUAAACACAUAGUGUGUGAGAAAAGCUUCUCUGAGA